AUGUUUGAAAAAUACGCUUACAAUCAAGUCUUAUUAGCUUUAUUCAUGAUCCAAUUACUAGCUGCUGAGCUUAAUAGUUUUGAUAACUUUCAACGUAAUGAUGUUCCAGCUAUUGCGCAACGCUCUAUAAGCUUGGAUAAUCCUAGUUUGACAAGGUUUGGUAGAAAAGAAACAGGAAUGAUGAUCCAGGCUGCGCUUCGAAAUAGUGGAAGAAGUCCAUAUGGAGCCUUAAACUCUCGAAAUUAUGCUAACUUAAUUAAUAUGCAACGUCUACAACAACGAAUAUCCGAUGAACAAAGACUGAAGAACGUAUUACUACGAGCUUCUGGAAGGAAUGGUGAUGAUUCAUCUAUGUCUUUCAAAACAUCUAUGAUAAGGCCCUUACUUUCUGGUCUGCAAUAUCUUAGAAAAUUUCCAGUAAUUUAA